GCCAUCACUGUCGGCUAUUUCUCUUCCUCUUUUCAUCCAUCCACCGAACAACUUCCUCCAUUUUUACAAUUGUUUUAACUUUUAAACUUCCAAAAAAUCCCCAAAAUUAAGGGCUUUUUGAAAAUCAAAUGUCAAAAACUCUCUUUUAACCUUCUUCUUCUGGUCACUGCCGAUUGUUUCUCCUCUGCUUUCCUCGCCCAAAUCUGCUCUAUCCAUGGCCAACAACCCACAAGAACAGCCUUCUCCCAUCGAAUCUGCUGCUGCCAUGGCUGGAACCAAGUCUUUUCAUCCUAAGAAGCUGCCUCCUGCAGAUCUAGUGAGCCUCUUCCAAACCAAAAACCUCUAAAGUGAAAUCAAACAAGUUCUUCGACACCAUAAAAUAAGCCAUUCAGAUCAAAUGUUUGUUUCCCACAUGAACUCUCAAAUUUUGGGUCCAUAUUUCAUUUCUCCUCCACCCUUUUCACUCAAAUUCCUUUACCCACAGUCGAAAGAACACCUCCUCCCUUUCCAGGUGAAACCCGAUUGGAGCAAGUGGGUUGGGCAUUUUGGGACUUGGCCGGCUUGGAAGAGAUCGGAAUGGGUUGAUUGGGUGAACCGUCUUGAACCUGCCUUCAACCAGAUCUGGAGGGAUGUGGGUUUGUUUGAAUUUAUGCAAUUAACCACGUGCAGAUUUUCCAUGGACAAGCCGAUCUUGAGUUUGGCUUUGCUAUUUUGGUCUGGCUCUUUUAAUUGCUUUCAUUUCCCUUGUGGUGCCAUGUCUGACCCUAUUUUACAUCAGUUUAUUAACCGGGUUACCUUGCACGGGAGAAGAAGUUUCAACACUUCUAACCUUGCCACCAGGUGUUGAAUACAACUCCACAGAUAUGAAGCCUUCUUAUCCGCUUCCUGAGAUCUGCUUCUGACAAAAAUAAGCCUGUCAGCGCUCAAGAACACAUCUCAUUUCUGCUUGCACUAAUAUGUAAGUAUAUGGUUUGUUCUGCUGGAAAGGGUCCCACUAAAGAAUUUAUUCCAUU